UUCACACAAUAGACUAUUAAAGCGGAUGUAGGUAUAGUGCAAAAUGAAUGGUAAUGAAGAUACAUAUGGAGAAACAAAGUGUGCAUUUAGCGCUUGUUUUGCUGCCAAAGAGAAUUUGAAAACUUGAUAAUUUAUUCCUCCAAAUGAAUAACAGAAAAACUUAUGGUAAUACACAGACUUUUUAUUUAUUUUUUUGAAGUCUAUCGUGCAAACCACAUUUUUUAUUAUGGUGUUGUUCUUCUAGGAUGUGAAUUGGAAAAAGAAAAACUAAAUAUAAUUAAAGUUUUUAGGCAGAUACUACUAAGAAAGAAAUGGCGACAGCUUGCACUAAAACUGGUGAUGGAAACAGCACCGUGCACAACGAUCCGUCCAAAUCCAAUAUUCUGUGUCCAUCAUGUGCCGGUCGGGAGACAGCUGAUGUAGAUCGACAUGUUGAACUGAAACUCCGAGGCAAUGGCAGGGUCAAGGUCGAGUGUUUUAGUGACGACACGGCCGAUGGUAACCCGGAAGUGGCCUUGGAUAUUUGUCUGACCUCGAAACACUUGCUACAUCAUCCCGUCACGGUGGUGCUCCCAGUCGAUAUAGACGCGGAUCACUUACAGAUAAGCAAGAAGGGGAAAAUAACAUGCGACAUUACAGAUGUCAGCAGCCUCGAUAAUGAGAAUAAGCCCCGUUACAAGCAGGUAUCCGACCAAUGUGAGCAAAGAGGAACAUUUAAACCCAACAAUAGUAAUGAAACUUUGUCUCUGAAGACCCACCGUAGAAGUCAUAGCGAUUCUCAUUGCAUGUCGAAGACAAAACAUCGUGACCGUACCCUUUCCAGUGAUGGCAGAACCAACCAUGAUUUGCCGACACACAGUUUGAACAUCCCUUGUGAUGAAAUGUUAAAAAGACAAUCUGUAAGAAGGAACAAAAGCUGCUCUCUGAUUAAGGAAAACACAGUUAAACACAAUCCGGGCCAUCACAGAAAUCUUAGUGAUACUCUUGUUAUCUCGAUUGAAAGAAAUAGCAACUGGAGCAAAACGCCAGCCGAAAUUCUAGGCCACAGAAAUUCUAAGCCAAUUUACCUGUCACAAGAGUUGGAAUCUUCUGACUACGACAGCGAGCUACACGGAGGUGAUUUUAACAGACCAGUUAAUUUCAACGCCGAAAACACCUCGAAAAAAUACGUGCCAAAUCGCAACUGUCUGGAUCAUAAAUUGUUCAAAUAUAAAGACGUCGAUGAUGACAUAAUUCCUGCUAUGAAAGCUGGAGUAAAAGUGUUUGAUAUGUUGCAAGAUGACCAGCAAGGAAAGCUCAACGAUUUAUCAAAACAAUCGAGACGAAAGAGCAAUGAAGAAGACACGACAGCUUUUGAUGUUGAGGGAUUAGUUCCUGGCCGGUUUGAAUUACAAGAUGACCCGCAAACAACGCAUAACGAAAAUAUAGAAAAAUCUAGACGGCGGUCCCUUGAAGAUAAUACGGUAAUAUCUUCUGAUUAUGAGAGUUUCGUUUCUGGUCAUUUUGAACCGCGACAUGUUGAAGAACACAGCUUCAAGAACACUCUCCCAGAUGAAGAACAAUUUGCACAUUCCACACUGCCAAAGAACUUUACCGACAAUGCGUUACAAAGGCUUAUAAAUACAGUGAACAAAGCCAAGGCAGACCUUAAAGCAGAGAUUAAAGCGAUGACGCAAGGCGGGUGCUAUAUACAAAAACAGUCAUAAAGUUCUUACCACAGAUUACUGAUUUCGAAGUAAGUUGGAAGUGCUGGUAGGCAGCUGGUGGCCAAACGAAUAUGCAGCAUAUUUAUGACACAUGCCACUUACAGUGUACUUCUUCAAAAUAUAUGUUUGGACAGUACGAAUUUAUCCUGCGAAAACCGUUAUUGUCUGUAAACAUAUUUGAAAUGUACAUGAAGUCUUUGCGCACUUGAAUGUAUGUGUGAUAGGAUAAAGUCCUGGUUGAACACCUGCUUGAAUUGUAAUGAUGUCUAAACUACGCACGUGAAUUCACGCAUUAAUAUGAACGAAAAAUGAUAUCAUGCGCCGUGCAUUUUCUUGUGCUAAAUAUGGACAAAACAUGAUAUGAUGCACAAGGCAUUUUAUUGUGCUUAAUAUGAAAUUAACAUGUCACCAUGUGCCUUGCAUUCCAUUGUGCUAAAUAUGAAAUGAACAUGAUAUGAUGCGCCAUACAUUCCAUUGUGCUAAAUAUGAACGUUACAUGAUAUGAUGCGCCAGACAUUUCAUUGUGCUAAAUAUGAACGAUACAUGAUGUGAUGCACCAGACAUUUCAUUGCGCUAAAUAUGAACGAUACAUAUAUGAUGCGCCAGACAUUUCAGUGUGCUAAAUAUGAACGAUACAUGAUGUGAUGCGCCAGACAUUUUAGUGUGGUAAAUAUGAACGAUACAUGAUGUGAUGCGUCAUGCAUUUUAUUGUGGUAAAUAUGAACGAUACAUGAUGUGAUGCGUCAUGUAUUUUAUUGUGCUAAGUAUGAACGAUACAUGAUGUGAUGCGCCAGACAUUUUAUUGUGCUAAAUAUGAACGAUACAUGAUGUGAUGCGUCAUGCUUUUUAUUAUGAUAAAUAUGAACGAUACAUGAUGUGAUGCGCCAGACAUUUUAUUGUGCUAAAUAUGAACGAUACAUGAUGUGAUGCGCCAGACAUUUUAUUGUGCUAAAUAUGAACGAUACAUGAUGUGAUGCGCCAAACAUUUUAUUGUGCUAAAUAUGAAGUGAUCGGCAUUAUUAUACGCUUGUGUGAAAUGGUCAAUGCAUGUACACCUGACAUGUAAUAAUGUUAGGGUGCAAGGGAAGUGUAUUAUUGCACAAAUAAUAAUGAGUCAUAAGAGUAAAAUCCUUGGGCUAACUGCUAAAUUGUAAUUACUACGCGAUCUACUUACGGCGUAGUUUAAUGUAACGAAUUCUGACAUUGUAAAUCGUCCAUAUACAUCCGAGGUUGUUUUCGAUGGAAAAUGGCCGGGGGAAGUUCCGAUUGCUUGAUUAUUUCUCAGUUUUGUUUAUUCUUGUCUGCAAGUAUAUUCAUAUGACUUAAGCAUACACAACCAUCCUCCCCUUGCUUUACAUAUUGUUAUGCAUUUGCCUUUUUAACCUGCUUUGUUUGAAAGUAUUAAGGGCUUAGAGUAGCGAUGUUUACAUGUAUUUCUGUACCUAAUUAUAAUGAUGAAAGUUCUUGUUAAUUUACAUUAUACUUAAAUAAUAAUUGAUCGCAUGGAGAACACGUCAAUGGCAGAAAACAACAAUGGGCUCUUAAACCGGAACACGUAUGUGUCAUGUACUAGGUACAUAUCAUUCUUUAUACACAUGAUAUGGAUACCAUGCCUGUUGAGUAUCUGAGGAGUUGUUUUUAAAUAAAGUCCAAACUCGUUAUGUCGAGGUAGUCGGGACUUAGUAAAAUACUUUGGGAAAACGAACAUUUGACAUAGCCGAAAUACAAAAAAAAUAGCAGCCAACCCCAAAUUAUGUCAAAACAAAACCUCCCAAAACACCAAAAUCUCUUCGAACACCGCCAUUUUAUUCCGCAUCACACAUUCCCUUACUUAAAAUUCGGAAAACACAAAACACGUUCAACCCCCUGAUAAAG